AUGUCCAUCCCCAGCUACAGCAUCGCUUCCAUCCCCGCCGACGGCAUCGGCCCAGAGGUCAUUGAUGCAGGCAUCGUAGCCCUCCAGGCUCUGGCGGAUACACUCAACACAUUCAAGCUUAACUUUGUGCAUUACGACUGGAGCUCCGAGACAUACAAGAACACCGGCAAAUACAUCCCCGAUGGAGGUUUGGAGCAGUUGAAGAAGCAUGAUGCGAUUCUAUUCGGUGCUGUGGGGGCACCUGAUGUCCCGGACCACAUCUCCCUCUGGGGCCUGCGACUAGCCAUCUGCCAAACCCUCCAACAAUACGCAAAUGUGCGCCCUACAAAGAUCUUCCGCGGCACGCAAUCCCCCCUCCGCAACUGCGCUAGUGGUGAUCUCAACUGGGUCAUAGUCCGCGAAAACAGUGAAGGCGAAUACGCCGGUCAGGGUGGUAGGUCGCACCGAGGUUAUCCAUGGGAGAUUGGCACCGAGACAGCCAUCUUCAGUCGCCAUGGCAUUGAGCGUAUUAUGCGUUUCGCAUUUGAGACAGCGCAGCAGAGACCGCGUAAAUUGUUGACUGUAGUGACCAAGAGUAAUGCGCAGCGUAAUGGGAUGGUGCUUUGGGAUGAGGUUGCGCAGGUUGUGGCAAAGGAUUUUCCAGAUGUGACGGUUGACAAGAUGCUUGUUGAUGCGAUGACGACGCGUAUGGUUCUAAAGCCGGACAGUCUGGAUACGAUUGUCGCCACGAAUUUGCACGCCGAUAUCCUCUCCGACCUCGCAGCUGCGUUGGCAGGCUCCAUUGGCAUCGCACCUACAUCAAACCUGGACCCUACGCGCGAAAACCCGAGUAUGUUUGAACCCAUUCAUGGCUCUGCCUUUGAUAUCACGGGCAUGGGAAUCGCAAAUCCCGUGGGCACCUUUUGGACAGCAGUGGAAAUGCUCAAUUGGCUGGGUGAGAAGGAUGCUGCAGCUAAACUGCUGGAUUGUGUGGAGAAUGUAUGUGAGCAAGGUGUUUUGACGAGGGAUUUGGGUGGGAAGGCUACUACCAAGGAGGUUACAGAGGCGGUUGUUGCGGAGAUAAGAAAAUUGAAGAAAUAG